AUGCAGGUGUCGGAUUCUGGGGGUCUUGGUUCUUUUUUCCUUUUUGUUUUUCUUUUCCCCUCUUCCUGGUGUGAGUCUGUAGCAUCACUGGGGCCCACUAGAUGGAGCCAGAGGCUGUCUACCUGGGAGGCGCGCCCAUGGCUUUUACGCACCUGGCGGUCAUCAUCUCAUCAUCCUCUGGAGGUUAAAGAAGCUCACUGCCAGCACUUCGAUGCCGGAGUGUUUUACCUGCUUGGUACACUGAGCCCCUCGAAGCUAGUUCUGAGAUUUUUUCCUCUAAGUAACUCUUCGUUAUCCUCUGUGCUCUUCAGGAAUCGCUUACUCCUCGAGACGAUUUGGAUUCUCCAGAGUGACUUCCAUCCUGGCUUUUUGGUUAAAGCCCUCCUUGUGACGCCGUGGACGGUACCCACUGGUUGCCCGAGUCCCGUUUUCACCUCUCCCGUCAGAUCUCAAGAUUCUCAGUUGUCAUCGGCUGGCAGUCGGACCUCACCUCCACCUCCGUCAAAUCAUCGCUUACCUGCCCGCCCUCCACCGCAGCCUUCUUGCCUAGGAUCCCGCUCGUUUAUGGAAGCCGGAUCCGUUGACUUCAGCCUGGAACCCACAGACUACCUCCCUGAUUGUGAUCAUUCUUUCCCAAACUCCACCCCAGGAUCCUCACCAUAUCACAUUACUUUGCUUCAAUAAAAAAAAUCUUUAACUGAUUUCUGUUCCCUGUG